AUGGCCGCUCUCCGCUCCUCUUCACGAAUCCUCAGCUCCUCCAGGGCAGCUUUCCGACCCAGCGCCGUCUUCUCGCGCUCCAUGGCGUCGGUGAGCGAGACUGAGCAGCCCAGGACCAAGUCAUUCCAGAUCUACCGAUGGAACCCUGAUACCCCGACCGAGAAGCCCAAGCUGCAGACCUAUACCAUCGACCUCAACAAGACCGGUCCCAUGAUCCUCGACGCUCUGAUCAAGAUCAAGAACGAGCAGGAUCCUUCCCUGACCUUCCGGAGGAGUUGCCGAGAGGGCAUCUGUGGAAGCUGUGCCAUGAACAUCAACGGCCAGAACACCCUGGCAUGCCUGUGCCGAAUCCCCACCGAAUCGGCCUCGGAUGUCAAGAUUUACCCUCUGCCUCACACCUACGUUGUCAAGGAUCUGGUCCCGGACUUGACUCACUUCUACAAGCAGUACAAGUCCAUCGAGCCUUACCUGCAGCGCGAUACCCCCGCUGAAGAUGGUAAGGAGUAUCGCCAGAGCAAGGCUGACCGAAAGAAGCUGGACGGUCUCUACGAGUGCAUUCUCUGCGCCUGCUGCUCAACUUCCUGCCCCUCCUACUGGUGGAAUUCCGAAGAGUACCUCGGCCCCGCCAUCCUGCUGCAGUCCUACCGAUGGUUGAUCGACUCCCGAGACGAGAAGACGGCUGCGCGCAAGGCCAAGCUUGAGAACUCGAUGAGUCUGUAUCGUUGCCACACCAUCCUCAACUGCACGCGUGCUUGCCCCAAGGGCCUGAACCCCGGCAAGGCCAUUGCCGAGAUCAAGAAGUCGAUGGCCAUCGGGGCAUAA